GUGUGUGUGUUUUGGCCGGCUGUGAUGUCAAGAGAAAGAGGCGUGGCAGCUUUGGAGGCAGGUAGAUAAAGGAUUCAAACUAAACAGGAUCCCCCAGUUCUGAGAGUCGAGGCAACAGCGGAUCCACAAAUCACCAGGGUCAGAUAAUGACAUGGACCUGGGAACUCUCCAAAAGAACCUUAACAGCACCCUGGACAAUGUUUAUCAGGAUGACCUGUCAUCUGAUCACACUGGGACCCUUUCCAAUGGCAAUCCUCUCUGCAAUGGUGAACAGACCAACUUUCUGACCCGGACUGAUGUAGUCAAGCGUUCUCAACCUCUGUUCAUCCAAGCAAAUAGAAAAUUGAAGGAGGAGGAGCCACGUGCCUUAUCUUUGCCCUCUAUCCCAAAUCCUUUUCCAGAGCUCUGCAGUCCCUCGAACUCACCCAUCCUCAGCAGUUCCUCAGUGGGGCCAGGUUCACAGCGUGAAGGUGGCUCUCACGUAGUGAAAGUUUACAGUGAAGAUGGCACUUGCUGCUCCUUGGAAGUCACAGCAGGGACCACAGCCUGCCACGUUUGUGAGAUGCUGGUGCAGAAAACCCAUGCUUUGCAUGAUGACUGCUGGUCUUUGGUAGAGUUCUACCAUCACUUAUCUCUAGAGCGGAGCUUGGAAGAUCAUGAAUCUGUGGUAGAGGUUCAGGCCACAUGGCCUGUGGGAGGUGACAGUCGGUUUGUCUUCCGGAAGAAUUAUGCUAAAUACGAGCUGUUCAAGAGCUCACCACAAUCAAUAUUUCCUGAAGCUAUGGUCUCCAGAUGUCAGGAUGCAGCCAACCAAGGCAUGUCCCACUCAGAACUCAUACAGAAUGUUCUAAAUUCAGGAAGCUGCCCUGAAAUCCAAGGGUUCCUGCAUCUGAAAGAAGUUGGACGCAAAGUCUGGAAAAGGUUUUACUUUUCUCUGCGGCGUUCUGGACUCUAUUACUCAACAAAAGGCAUGUCAAAAGACCCCCGACAUUUACAAUAUUGUGUUGACAUAAAUGAAUCAAUCAUCUAUUAUAUAAGCCAAGGCAAAAAACAGUACAGCACGCCCACUGAGUAUGGCUUUUGCAUCAAGCCACAUAAGGCACGCAGUGGAACCAAAGGCCUGAAGCUCUUUUGCUGUGAAGAUGAGCAAAGUCGCACAUGUUGGAUGGCUGCCUUUCGUCUCUUUAAGUAUGGCAUACAGCUCUACAGAAACUACCAGCAAUGUCAGGCACGACAAAAGGAACCAGCUUGGAUUGGCACUGUGCCCUUGCGGAGCGUGUCUGAUAAUACCCUCGUGGCCAUGGACUUUUCGGGUUGUACAGGGCGAGUGAUUGAGAACCCCAAUGAGGCACUGACUGUAGCUCUGGAGGAGGCUCAGGCAUGGAGGAAGAAGACAUCUCAGCGAUACAGCCUGCCCACCCCAUUCCAGAGCUGUCCAUUCAGUGCUGCCAUCCACAAAACUCAGCCCUGGUUCCAUGGUCACAUUUCUAGAGAAGACACUCAACGCCUUAUAAUUCAACAGGGACUUGUGGAUGGGUUAUUCCUGGUGCGGGAGAGCCAGAGGAAUCCCAAAGGCUUUGUCUUGUCACUCUGUCAUUUGCAAAAAGUGAAGCACUAUCUUAUACUUCCGAGCGAAGAAGAAGGACGCCUCUACUAUACCAUGGAUGAUGGACAGACUCGUUUUGCUGACUUGAUUCAGCUAGUGGAAUUUCACCAAAUCAACCGUGGCAUCCUGCCUUGCAAGCUGAAGCACUAUUGCACAUGUGUUGCCUUAUGAUAGACUGUCACCCACUGGCCAUUCCUAUGCCCUGAUUUGCCAUUGGCUAUGGCCAGUGAUGGGAUGGGCAGCUUGUGUACAGAUCCUUUUGAAAUGCAUACACUAGGAUCUACUCCAAACUUUCAGCCUCUCUUUCAUCCUGCCUUCAGCCACUCCUACGAAGAAAGGAGCAGUAUUUGAACCUUCCCAUGAGGCUACUCAUCAGAAAGCCUUGAGAUUUUUUGCAGAGUCAAAGAGAAAUUUGAGGUCACAGUGACAGUACAGUAGUUCAGUUCAGAAGCAGUCACCCCACUGUUGGCUGGUGUCCUUUUCUUCAUAUGACAAAAGAGAACUGUAUCCCUCUACCUCCUGAGUGUCCCUCUUUGUGUGUGCUGAUACAGACAUUGCUUUGUCACCAUGUUACAGAGAUUUUGCUGCAUCAAAUACUUAGUCUCUCUAAUGUGAUUGCCAAUUUCCAAUAGUGUGGACAUUGUCCAGCAGUUAUGCCAAACUUAUGCAUUGUUUCAAAAUCCUGACUGACUAGAGACAAUAGUGAGAUGUAAGAAUUGAUUCCUACUUCAACCAACUUUUGUCUUAAUAACUCUCUUAACAACUAUUGUCUAAUUUUACCCAAGAUUGUGUGGGUCCUGUCAUCUUUGUUAGAAAAGGAGCUCUUUUAUUGCUCAACCUCUUCCCUGUCACCUAGUAGCAUCACAGUUUAUGAAAGUAAAUGCAACCUGUUCAGGUGGUGGGCUACAGAUAUUAUGAGGAUCACACAGGAGUCUUUGGGACUGACCUGAAAGAAUACACAGUAGGAAGAAUAGCAGUUGGGAAUAUCAGAAAAAGCCAAGCUAGCUGUUGCUCUCAUGAAGUCCAAAGACUGCUCUGGAAUCUCUUAUGAUUCUGUCACAUCUGAGAUCAGUGGGCUGCCUGUUGGGCAGAAUCACCCUGGACUCUAGAGGUUCACAAACUCAUGAAUUCUUCUAACUGUGAGUCCUACAGCAGAGCACAGACUGAAAGGUUGUUGGUCAACUCUAGUGAAUGCCACAGAUGAGAAAUUGAGGUUGGAAGAGUUGUUUUUUCCUCCUGGUGUGAAGGAGUUAAAAUAUUGCGGGAGUGGGAGGGGAUGAUGCAAGAAGGCUGUGUCACUAUCAUUUGUGCUAUUCUAUGAGGCCAGUAUAUACUGUGAUGUUAUGUGUUUAUAUAUGUAAGUGCUGAUAAUAAAUCUUAUUUUUUUGA